AUGGGACAUUUGCUUAGAAGAUCACAGUUGACACCUGAAUUAUUGGUUGCAAAAUAUGCACUGGGACCAUAUAUCAACACCGAGUCAGGGAGGAAGAUCAUAGACGCUUCUGGAGGUGCAGCUGUUGGCUCCGUGGGAGCUUCUACACCUGAAGUGGUGGCCGAAAUUGUCGCCCAGUAUUCGAAGAUACAGUAUGUUUCGCCUUCGAUAUUUACAAAUGAGCCAGCUGAAAAGCUUGCAAAUGAGAUUAUAACCGAUAGGUACGACAGAAUGGGCUAUUCUAAAGUCAUGUUUGUAAAUUCAGGAUCUGAGGCUAAUGAAAGUGCCUACAAAAUUGCCAGACAGCAUUUUUUUGACAAGAAUGAGACAGAAAGAGUCAAUACCAUCACCCGAGAUAUCGCUUAUCAUGGAAAUACAGUGAUUGCAUUGCAGUUGUCAAGUAUAUCAACUAAGAAAGAGCCAUUCGAAGACAUCGUGCAAUGUCAGAAAUUUCAUCAAGUAGAAGCACCUCAUCCGUUUCACCGCAAACGAAAAGGCGAAUCGGAUAUAGAAUACCUGGAGAGAUUGGCAGAGGAAUUAGAAUCAAAAUUUCAGGAGUUGGGACCCUCUACAGUUAUGGCUGUUUGGUUCGAGUCAUUUUUAGGGACUACUGGAGGAUGUGUUAGACCUCCAAAAGGUUACUUCGAAGCUGUGCGGAGCAUUUGCAAUAAAUUCGGAGCCAUAUUUGUAGUUGACGAGGUUAUAUGUGGCUCUGGACGAUGUGGAAAGCACUUCUUUGCUUGGGAGCAUGAAAUCGAGGAAAGUAAUGGGAACGAAGAUUAUCUUAAGGUUCAGCCUGAUUUAAUUACCUUUGGAAAAUCAAUUUCUGGAGGGUAUGCUCCCUUGUCAGGCAUUGUGAUUCAUAAGAAGUUCUUUGACAAAGCAGAGACUACAUCAAAAGUAUUUAACUCCGGCCAUACAUUUCAAUCUCACCCAGUAUCCUGUGCUGCUGCCCUAGCAGUUCAAAGGUAUAUAAAGAGACACAAUCUUUUGAAUAAUGUUGAAAAGAUGGGCCAAUACUUAGGAGAGCAGUUAAAGGAGCAAACAAGAGACUUGAAAUGUGUUUUGGAUGUUAGAGGAAUCGGCUUCUUUUGGGCAGUUGAGUUAGUGAAAGACAAGAAAACAAGAGAACCUUUUCCAUUAGAUUACAAUUUCGCCACUAUAGCGUACAAUUGUAUAUUGAAUCAUGGCGUAGCGGUUUAUCCUGGAAGGGGCACCAUCGAUGGUCUCUAUGGUUAUAGCUUUAUGGUCUCACCUGCGUUCACUUCUGAUAAGGAUUUGUUGGACAAAAUCGUGAGUGCUAUCAGAAUGGGGCUUGAAGAUGCCCUGGCCAUGCAAGAGAUGUGA